GCUAGAACCAAACAGUAACACCAGAGAAAUUGCAAGCAUUAUUGGCAAAAUAAAAAAAGGUGAAAAAGUACACGGUAGAGGUGUUAACAAAGAGAAAUUGGAUCAUCUGCAACACUUGUGAUUCCCUGAAGUGACGCUGAACAUCCAUUUGGGCUCCACAUUUGAUUCACAACUUGGUGAAAACUAAACCAAACAAAUUAUAUCCACAAAAAAACGCUGGCACUCGGGCAGUACAUCUGAGAUAUUUCACGGAAGGUUAAUUUUGGAAGUCAGGUUUGGAUAGAAAAUUGUUUGAUUCCAGUGAAGGUGUUAAUGCUUAAAACAAUUCCCGCUCAAUAAUGACGCCCAAACUGCACGUCAGCAUCGUGGGAUUAAUUCGGUUGAAUGCGUUAGAAAGUGAUAAAAACUCGCCCAAACUUUGUCAAACUCCGUCAAACAGCCAUGAUCAACCGAAGUGAGUGCUACCUGUUGAUCGUACUGGCCGCGCUGGUUUUGAACACAGCCGCGUGCAGUCAGAACCAAACCUGCCUCGGGGAUGUCGGGGACGGGGACGAACUGGAGGCGAUCCACCUGCGUCAGAAGCGUUGGCUAACGAUGAUCCCGAACGGUGGAGUGUGCAAGUGUGUCUUCAGCUCGGUGGCACCGGUCCGGUGGGCCCAUAAAGUGGUUCGGAGUGUGAAUUUGGCGGUUAACGUGCAGGCCAACUACGCCAUUCCGGCGAAAAUCAUCUGGCCACACGCGGAGAACUUCUUCAAGGAGCGGGUUUUGAGCGCGGAUUAUGUGGACAACAGUCGGAGGGAUUUGUACCAGCUGCUGGAGCGGAUGAUCAAGUCGUGGGGUGGUGACGGUCGGGAGUGCUUGCUGAAGACGAUCUGCCAGACGGCGGGGACUCCGUUGCACCAUAAUGGCAUGAUUGGGGAAAUUCUGGAUCUGGUGUUUACCCCCUCUGACGACGAAGUCGUGGACAGCGACUACAAGCUGGCUUGGUCGUACGGCGCAAACGGCGUUGACUGCGAACGACUGUACAAAAAGUGCCCCCUGGAACAUGAGAUGCUUGGAAAAUUUUCCAAACUGGUUGAUUUGUAACUGUUUUGAUAAUACAAGGGAAAAAACUUAAAUCUUACCUUUAUUAUUUUGAAAGAAAUCACGUAUCUCUUCAUCAAACCACGUCACACAACAAGAAGGUGGCGCAAUGAAGCUCGAUCGUGCUC